AUGGUGAAAGUUGCUGUAGGGCAGCUGUGCUCAACAGCGAGCAUGGCCCACAAUCUCGCCCAAUGCCAGGCACUAGUAAAGAAAGCUGUAGCCGCAGGUGCAAAGGCACUUUUUCUUCCCGAAGCCUCCGACUACAUUGCCUCGUCGAGUGCAGAGAGCGUAUCCCUAGUACGCUCUGCGCAGCAAAGCGAAUUUGUCUUGGGCCUGCAGAGGGAAGCUAAGAAUGCGAGAUUUCCCAUAAACGUCGGCAUCCAUGAACCAGCUCAGGGUGGGCUUAAAGUCAAGAAUACCUUGAUAUGGAUCGAUGAGAAUGGCGAGAUUGCACAACGUUAUCAGAAAAUCCACCUCUUUGAUGUUGAAAUCAAGGAUGGCCCAGUACUCAAAGAAAGCGCGAGUGUUGAGGCCGGUACCCAGAUUCUGCCACCAUUUGAAACACCUGUAGGAAGAGUUGGUCUUGCAAUAUGCUUUGAUUUACGGUUCCCUGAGAUAUCUUUGGCACUGAAACGCCAAAAUGCGCAACUUAUAACAUUUCCAUCAGCCUUCACGGUGCCAACCGGACAAGCACAUUGGGAAGCUCUUCUCCGUGCUCGAGCCAUUGAGACUCAGUCAUAUGUAAUCGCUGCAGCACAGGCAGGAUCGCAUAAUGAGAAACGGACAAGUUAUGGGCAUUCAAUGAUUGUCAACCCAUGGGGACAGGUGGUUGCGCAGCUGGGCAGUGACUUUGUAGAGCCUGAAAUCGCGACUGCCGAUAUUGAUUUCGAUCUGAUUACCAAAAUACGGAAAGAGAUGCCUUUGUUACGGCGGACAGACGUCUAUCCCGAGGUGACUAGACAAUGA